AUGGCUCGCUUGCCUGCACCUCUGUUGCACGAAGAAAACUCGUCUAGCCGUAUCUAUUCUGAGAUCGGGGUAGUCGUCGACAAUCUGCGAGAGAAUGAAAGUGGCCCGGCCCGGUCCAACGCGCGAAUGAGUAAAUUGCGUGUCGUCUGCCCCGGUGGCAACCCAAGGUCCUGCAGCCAAGACGCCAAAUAUUUACUCCGCGGGGCGGUCAUAAACUAUUGCAACCAAAUCUUAGCCACCGCAGGCGAGGUCAAGAACUACAUUCAAUCCACGAUCCAGAGUGACAACGCACAGCGGACUGAAGCUUUGCGUGCCCUCGACACAUCGAUCAACGACGCAGUACAAACGUGUCUGUUCUUGGAUCGGUUCUCCGAAUCACAGAGUGAUACCUUUGACGGCAGCGACGGCCGGUUCUUUGGCUAG